CGAUUUUUCUUCAUUGAAGAAACUAGAAAGAACAGUUGCGUCUUGCGCUUUAAGCUGAAAACAGCUUCUCCAAUCCUCAAGCUAAGUUGUAACACUUUCAACUUCCGCAAUGAAAGUAGCGGAGAAGAUUGUUUUCCUCUGGAAUGAUUCCGAUGGAUUUGCGGCAACCGUCGCUGACUCUCUAAGCCCUAACCCUAGUUCCCCUCUUCGUAAACUAGAAGAGCAGAUCGAUCUUCCGUUGGAUAAGUACGGUGUCGAGGAUGGCGGAACCGGCGGGAGCGUCGUUCACUUCGUCGAUGGAAAUGGAGAUUAUCAGGUCUCGAUUUUUCUUCUUCGAAGCUAUGAGCCUCCUGCACUGGUGUGUGCAAUGAAUGAACUGCUGGACCUAAUUACAAGGGAAGCGUCCACUCCGCCCACGAUUGUGGCUCCUUUUCUUGUGGCUGCGUCUAAGCUUAAGUUCAAUAACAGAUCCCUUGAAGCAAGUAGCAGAGCAGCUAGUCUUCAUUACUUUCAAGUUGGUCCAGAAACAGAGGCCACUAGGCUACUUGCUUCUCGCAUCGAUAAACCACCACCGUUGACGCAAAUCCAUUACGAACCUUUGUCAUGCUUGCUUCAUCUAGCUCGUGUCAAAGGCUUGCCUGCCUCCAUUCUCAUAGGGCAAAAAAGUAGUAGCAAUCCUCAUAAAGCUCUAGAUGAAGAUCUUAAGGUGAUCAAUGAAACCGGGGAGCUUGUGGCGAGUUAUGCGGGGCUGUCUUUCUCGAGAGACAGAAUCAAGUGGAACGCAUCAAAGACAGCAAAAGAAGAAAAAAGUCCCUGGCGUGCUCUAUAUGGUUAAAUCUUCUCAGGUCAGGUCUUUUUCAUGACCCAACAACGCAGCUACAGUCUCAGCACUAUGUUUCCCUGUUGUAGCUCUUGUUAAGACUCUUAUGCUCAGCUGAAUCAAAAUCCAUGUCACUAUGGUUUCCCUUGAGGAUAUAUAUGAGAAACAAAGCGUUCUUCUUUCUAUCAACAGUUUUUUGGUUCCACCAAAUCUUAAUAACCCUCAAAUAAUUGAAAAAGCAAUUUAGGAUUCU